AUGGUGGAGCUAGGAAAGCUCAUUCUAAUCGACCACCCUUCCCUCUCCAUCACCAUCCUCAUCCUAACCCCACCCUCCACCGCCGCUUUAACCCACGCCUGCCAAUCCAACGCCCAAUACAUUUCCGCCGUCACCGCCACCACCCCUGCCAUCAUCUUCCACCACGUCCCCCUUGGCCCUCUCCCCCUCAACAGCCCCUCCCUCCCCCCUCACCUCGUCUCCCUCGAACUCUCCCGCCACAGCACCCAAAACGUCGCCGUUGCACUCCAAACCAUCGCCAAAACCUCCAACAUCAAAGCCCUAGUCAUGGACUUCUUAAACUUCAGCAACCCCAAAACCCUCACCGGAAAACUCAACGCCAACAUCCCCACUUUCUUUUACUACACUUCCGGAGCCUUCACUCUCGUUGUGCUUCUUUAUUUCGCCACGGUUCACCAAAAACAGGUCCAAGACCAACCGUUUGAGCUUCACUUGCCAGGGUUACCCGCAAUCUCCAGCGAUAAUUUUCCGAAUGGAUCCCCCGACCCUUCGAGCCCCAUUAACCAGGUUUUCAAUCAGAUAGCGGAGACAAUGAGGAGUAGUUCUGGGAUUAUAAUAAACACAUGUGAAGCGAUGGAAGAGAAACCCAUUGCAGUGUUGAAGGAGGAUGGGACCAUGCCUCCGGUGUUUUGCGUGGGGCCCUUGGUUUCUGCAUCUUACGGGGAAGAAGAUAAAGGGUGUCUGAGUUGGCUCGAGUCGCAACCGAGUCAGAGCGUCGUUUUGCUGUGUUUCGGAAGCAUGGGGUGUUUCUCGAGGAGGCAGUUGAAGGAGAUAGCUAUUGGGUUGGAGAAGAGCGAGCAAAGGUUCUUGUGGGUCGUGAGAACCGAGGUGGAGGAGAAACCGAGUCUGGAAGAGUUGAUGCCGGAAGGUUUUUUACAGAGGACGAAAGGGAAGGGGUUGGUGGUGCUGGACUGGGCUUCACAGCGGGAGAUUCUGAGUCACGACUCGGUGGGCGGAUUCGUGACUCACUGCGGGUGGAAUUCGGUGCUGGAAGCGGUGUGCGAAGGGGUGCCAAUGGUGGCGUGGCCACUGUACGCGGAGCAGAAUCUGAACAGGGUGAUUAUGGUUGAGGAAAUGAAGGUGGCUUUGGCGGUGAAGGAGGAAAAAGAUGGGUUCGUGAGUGGGAGCGAGUUGGGGGAGCGUGUGAGGGAACUGAUGGAAUCGGACACAGGGAAAGAGAUUCGUCAGAGGGUUUUCAAGAUGAAACUAAAUGCAGUGGAAGCAUUGUGCGAAGGUGGAACAUCCCGUGUUGCAUUGGAUAAGUUGGCUACUUUGUGGAAAAUGAGUUGA